AUGUUAUUCCUCUUCAAAUAUUCUAUGAUUCUGCAGAUCAUCAAGGCGCGUGAGCACUGUCACAGAUUGAAGAGAGAGAAGAAGAAGGUGUUCAAGCAUGAGAAGACAGAUUGCAAGGAGCUGACAGAGAAGAAGAGGAUUGAGACCUUGUUCAGGUCUCAAAUGCACUUCAUGAUUCAGGACAUUGAGAAGACAGCCCUGCUCUCUGAGCAUGUCAAUCUGCUUACUACUGAGAUGAAACCUGAGACAGCAGAUCAGGAAAUGCGGGAUUUUGAGAUGCAGGUUGACCUGGCUGAGAAGAAGCAGCAGAAAUCCUUCUCUGAGAAGAUAGUGAAGAGAGAUUUUGAGAUAAUUAUCAUCUCAGAUGAGGAGAAGAAGAAGAAGAAGAAGAAGAAGAAGAAGAAGAAGAAUGAGAAGUGA